AUGGAAUGGACUUGGUUACCGCCCGCUUUAAAUGAACCCUUAUUGACUGGAUUUCCUCAAGGGGCUGGUUUAUCCGCCCAUUCAGCACAAGUGAUCCGUUCAUCAGUGGAUAAAAAUGAAUUUUCAGCAAUUAUUAUCGGUCGAGAAGGUUCAUUAAGAAUACAAAGGAAAGCUGGUAAUAUUUAUUUACUUUAUGGUUAUCUAUUAGACGAAGAUCUGCCUGCAAGACGAAUGAAAUUUGUCUACUGUGAGGCAGACUCAAGUUUAACUGCCUCAUCGAGAAGUUAUCAUACAUCGACAGCUAUCUCACCAACUACCCUUGUUACUAUUGGUGGUUGUAAAUCAAAUUCAAUCGAUAUAUUAAAAUGGAAAAUAGAAAAAGGUAGAAAAAAGGACCACCUCUUCUCCUUAAAUUGGCCUGGUUCACUUGAUUAUCCUUUAACCUCGUGUACAAUUGUGACAAAGUUUAUUCAAGAUAUGGAAAAGCAAAACGUCAAACUAACUCCACUUGCACCAUCUAAUCAAAAUGGAUGGCGUGGUCAUUGUAUAGUCCCGGGUGUCGGAGGUUUAUUCAUUGGUACAGGCGAGGGUUAUAAUGCUUUGAAAAAUGAACCGCUAAAUUCAGCCUACCUAUUAAAAUACAGUGAAAAUGGUAGUAAACCGAUCAUUUAUGAAAUCGGUGCAAUCAAUGAGUCAAGAGCAUAUGCUGUUUGUAAUGUAUGCCGUAGCGAUGGUACAGCUUGGUUACACGGUGGUCUUGGACCACAAGGCAGAACAAUGAAUACACUGAUGAAAUUGAUAAGGAUGAACUAA